GGCUGACUGCGUAACCCGAAAACCGUGUGACGGAUGCUGUGCAUUUAAAAUCAGAUUUUAUUUUUUUAAUUUUUGGGGGGAAUUUCUUACUUGUUACUGUUUUGUAUUUUGUAGGAAAGGGGGAACCUGUAUGGGCAAAUAAAGGGGAGGAACCGGGUGGACGCACGUGAAUCUCUCACUUUAUUCAAAGCCAGGAAAUUUAAAGGAAAGGAACGCGUUACCAGCAAGUGCGGCAAAUUGGACUUUCCACCAUCAGCAACCCUCCUCUCUCUCUCUCUCUUCUCUUUCGCCAUCCCUGCUCCUUCUCUGUAGGUCUCCUCACUUACUUCCAUCAUUCCUCCAACCUCUUAUGAUCCCAGAAUAGCCUCACGGCGGAGCUCUCUCUAAAUAUUAGUGAAGGUUUUGGAUUUCGGGGUGACUCUGGAGAUGGAUUAAAGGGACGGUGCACCGCAAAACUGGAGCAGCACGCACGACCACGCCGAGGGGGAAGGGGGCGACGGGAUUCGGUGAAUUCGCGGAGCCCCCGGGACAGAGGCUGUGACUGGUCCCAUCCCAAGAUGACAUCCCCCAAAAACAAAGCCAAGAAGAAACCACCAAAAGACAGCAUGACACUGUUGCCAUGCUUUUAUUUUGUAGAGCUCCCCAUCGUCCUAUCCUCCUUGGUGUCCCUUUACUUCCUGGAGCUGACAGAUGUUUUGUCCCCGGCGAUGGUGGGCUUCCGUUGCCAUGACCGCGACCUCUCCAUGCCCUAUGUGGAGACAGGCGAUGAGCUCAUCCCUCUGUUGAUGCUGCUGAGUUUGGCCUUUGCUGGACCUGCAGCUUCUAUUAUGAUGGGGGAAGGCUUGAUGUACUGCAUGCAGUCCAAACUGAAGACUUGUCCAAAGUCAGAAGGCAGCAUAAAUGCUGGAGGCUGCAGCUUCAACUCCUUCCUACGCAGGACCGUGCGAUUCGUCGGUGUUCAUGUAUUCGGUCUCCUGGCAACAGCCCUGGUGACAGAUGUCAUCCAGUUAGCUACUGGCUACCACGCCCCUUUCUUCCUUACUGUCUGCCAGCCUAAUUACACGGCCCCGGGAGUGUCAUGUGACAACAAUGCCUACAUCACACAGGACAUCUGCAUGGGCAAAGACCAGUAUGCUAUUAUGUCAGCUCGGAAAACAUUCCCAUCCCAGCAUGCAACGCUCUCUGGCUUCGCUGCUGUAUAUAUCUCUAUGUAUUUCAACGCCAGCAUCAACAGCACUACUAAGCUGCUGAAGCCGAUGCUCGUCUUUGCUUUCUGCAUGGCAGCAGGCCUCGCUGGCCUGACGCAGAUAACUCAACACCGCAGUCACCCUAUAGACGUGUACGUGGGAUACGUGAUAGGAGCCGGCAUUGGAGUCUACUUGGCUGUGUACGCAGUGGGAAACUUCAAAGCCUCGGAAGAAGAUGCUCCGUCUUUACAGAGACUAGCUUCAGCACAGCAGAAGGAUGGCUUGAGGGUGUUGAGUCAGAGGAGCCAUGACUCCUUGUACAGGAAGACUCCCAGGGUGUCUGAAAGCAGGGAGGAGCUGGGGUUGGGAUCUGGAGCACGGAGUAAGGUGAGGAGGGAGAAGGCAUCCCUGGCCUCCCUCAAACGAGCAAGCGCUGAUGUGGAGCUUCUGGCGACCAGUCGUCCCAUGGGCAAGGAAACCAUGGUAACCUUCAGCAACACCUUGCCUCGAGUUGCAAAUGGCAACAGCCCCAUCUCACCCUCAGAGGAGCCAGUCACCACCCAGCGUCACAUGACGUUCCACGUGCCCUUCGACCCACAAAGGUCUCGGCAGCUGGUGUCAGAGUGGAAGCAGCGUUCGAUAGAGCUCCGUAGCCAGAGCUCACGAGAUGAGGAAGAGGGAGGAGAUGGAGGAGGUGAAGGAGGCACAGCUGCAGGGGAAGGGGGCGACCAACAAAUGCCGUCUUCUCUUUAUCCCACAGUGCAAGCCAAUACCACCACACCGACUGGAGCCAGGAUGGUGGUGGCACCCCCACUUGUUCACAUCCCUGAGGAGGCCUCUCGGCCACCUCCUGUUUCCCCUAAGAGUGCCAAGACACGGGCAAAGUGGUUGUCACUCACAGAGGGAGGAGGACUAAAAGAGCCUGGAACAGGGCCCAUUGCCGUGUCGACUCCCCGUGUGCCCAACACGCAGCCCAACCAGCCUCCCAGCCAGCAAAGAGUCACACAGGUCGUAGCCAUGUCAAAGCAGCAGGGUCAAGGACCUACUACUCCUUCCACUAAGACAUCAGAAGGCGGCUCCUCCUCUGGUCCUGGCUCCAACUGCUCAGAGUCACCAUACUACCGGAUACCAUCUGAUCGAGACAGCUGCACUGGGAGCAACCCAGGGAGCAUCGCUGGCAGCGGGAGCAUCGUCACAAUCGACGCUCAUGCCCCUCACCACCCGGUGGUGCGUGUGUCGGCCACUAAUGGCAAGCCGUGGGAAUGGAGAAACACCAUCAGUGGCAACAUGAUGGCCGCUGACCCGACUGGUGACAAACACCGUGCCGCGUUGCAGCGACAAGACAAUGUCAGUCAUUACCGGGACUACAGGACACUCCCAGUGAAAUCAGACUCCCUGUGCUCCUCCUCGGUCAGCUGCAGUGCCGAAGGAGGAGCUGAUCUGCCUCCCCCACCUUUUCCCACCUCCUCAUCCCCUCUUCCGCCCCCACCUCAGCUGUCGUCAUCCCCUAUCCCACCACCGCUUCCUCAACCAUCUUCCUCUCCCUUGCCUCCCCCUCCACCACCAAGCUCCUCCCCAAUGCCUCCGCCUCCCAUUCACCCCACCUCCUCUCAUAUGCCUCCACCUCCUCACCCAUCCUCUCAGAUGUCUCCACUACCCCUCCCAUCUUCCUCUCAAAUGCCUCCCCCUCCUCACCCCUCUUCUUCCCAAAUGCCUCCACACCCACACCCAUCCUCUUCGCCCUUGCCUCCACCACCGCAUCCCUCUUCCAUGCCUCUACCUCCUCACCAGUCUUGCUCCAGCAUGCUUCCUCCACCUCCCCACCCUGACUUACUGAUAGAUGGCCACAACCAGUUAUUGUCCCGCACUUCCACCCUGCCCCGUCGGCCGUCUGUGUCCGCCCGAAGCCAUGCUGAGCAGGAGCACUACUACAAGGCCAUGCAGAACGAGAGGAUGUUAUAGUGAAGCGUGAAGACAAGAGACACCAUUGUAAAAUCACAGAUUGUACUAGAGAAGGGAGGACUCUUCUCAAAGAGACACUGAAGAAAAGUAGGCAGCGAUAGGUGAACAGAGUUUUAUGACUUUUGGGAAAUGAUAAAGUGGUUUAGAGAUCCUGGAUAUGGAAUUGAGGACUAGGUGAAAGUCUGGCAGAAUACAAACUCAGCAGGGGGAAUCUUUUUUUUUCCACUUCCUGCAUACACAAACUACCCACAGUGUUAGCUCAGCAGCCCUCACUGAGAAAAGAACAGACAAGAAAAGAAACGGAUGUUAAAUAGAGCAGGGAGAGAAAUUAAAAACCCCAGUUUACCUCUGGUUUCAGCACGCACAUCCUCUGUGUUUCAAAGGAGUCGAAGAGGCUGCAGCUGAAAGAGCUGAAUGAAUGGAUUGGGAUUUGCUAAAUCAAGUUUCCCUUGAGAUGGGGAUGAGACUCAGAAAACAAAACAACCACAGGCAAUACUAGCUUUUCUUGAAGUUGAAUAACUGUUUGAGGUUGCCAGCCAUUACACACAGAGAAUUUGCUCUUGUUACUAGCUAUAAAAAAUCAUCCUUCAAAGCAUUCAAAAGCUAUAAGGAUGCCGUAAAGUCAAGUUCAAACACAGGUUUAAGAGUACUUGCCAAUAGCAACAACUGACAAAACCACAAAUUCUUAUACCUCCAAAUAAACAAACCACAUAACAAAUUCUUACAUUUGAGAUCAGGCAGAUGCGCUUGCAUUUACCAGAAGAAGCAGAUUUUGGAAACAUUGCUUCUGGAAGGUAAGCAAGAAGGAGGAGAAAGGAUGAUUGGAUGUGGGGAGGAUCGUGCACAGUUGGGCACCCCUAUACAGACGUCACUGAAUGGAUUACUGUAACAAACAUGAGAGGCAGUCAAGUGGAAAGAGAAUUAUUCCUAACAUGAAGAAUGUGGCUGGACACACAGCACAGCACAGCAAGCCAGACAGACGGUCUGUCUUUUCUGUGCACGAAACCUUCCACGGAACGGAGCUUGAAGCCGCGCUAAGGAGAUUAACGUGUUUAUCAAACCAUGCUAGUACACUCUUUGUAUUUGGCCCUCUUGCAAAUCGUAAUAGUAAAGGGAAUGUUAAUGGAAAGCUGCCCAGCCAGUAGUGUUGCCCACUGUAACCUUGGAACAAAGUGGCUUCAGUAGGUACCAGUUGGAUGGGCGAGCUGGCUUUAUAGCUCAGUAAAAAAACAUCCUUAUGAGUAGAUUUUAAGUUUUCAGGUCUUGAAAGUCUUUUCACUAGCAUUUUGGCUUUCACUUUGCUUCUAAUUUAUCAGGAAACGCCAAACAGAAAGACCCAAAUCAUUCUAUUCAUAAAUUACUAAUACCUGCAAGUUCAGACUUCACCUAUCCAUUAUCUAUACCAUUUUUUGUUGCAGUUUUAAGAGAUUAUCAACUAUACCUUUUUACAAUAUGAGGCUAAAUUAUUCUAUUUUAUAUUUAAAAACUUCCCAGUUUAAAAAAACAGCCAACCAGCACUAUGAUAAGCUAGGAUUUCUUUGAAAUAAAUGUUGGUAAAACAAUCUUUACUCAAAAAUUCACUUCCUCUAGACUUUUCAUCAGCAAAUGUAAUUUUCUACUGUAGAUAAACUAUGGCCAACAUGCAUUUGCUGAAGACAACCAUGUAAUACGUUGGAAAGGCCCAGUUUAACUGAGCAAGAGGGCCUUGAAGUGAGAUUUGCCCACUGCACUAGAAAAUGACUCCAAAUCAUAGACGGUUGUAAAGAUGGAUGCAUCUACAGUAAUGUCACCCACUGGUUUCUGAAGUCCAGUUUUGAAGCGUUUCACCGUCGCCAUUGUGGUUGCAAAAAAAUGUAAAAAAUGGAUGUGAUAAGGAAAAGCAGAUCAUACUGUGAAAAUGCAUGCUCAUUGAAGUGAAUGUUGUUAUAGUUUGGCAAUAUAUACAAAAAAAAUGGAAUUAAAUUGAAUUGAACUGAAUCAUUGGCUAAAGACUUUAAAUUGACCCUCAUUAAGAAAUGAGCGUGCGGUUUCAUAGCAGAGAUAAUUGUCUAUUUUAAAACACAGAACAAGCAAAAUCUACAAAACAGCCUUAAUUUUUAAUUCAUUUUGUCCCAAAAUGAGUGACUGAGCCCAUAAACAUCAGUCAUUCAUCAGCUGAUGGGAAACCUAAGAUUUUUUAGUUUUCAUUUUUAUACUGUCUCUGGUCAAGUACAGUUCAGUGAGUUCAAUAAUUAGUUUACGGAAAUGAUAUUCAAACCAUAUCGAUAACUGAUUAACUCCAUUCAGUUAAAGAAAAAAAAUGUUGUUUGAGGAUUUCACUUGCAUAAACAUGAGGAUUAGGAAUAUAUGGUGGUUUUUUUAAUUGGUUUCUCAAAAAAGGCACUCUCAGUACACCACUUAGGGCUCUGGAAAACCGUGAGUGACGUUUUUCUUGAUUAGUCAGAAGAGGCGGUGGUGUUAUCAGUCAGUUAAACAUUUCUUUAAAAAAUAAUCAUUUCAGCCCUAAUUAUACACUUCGGAGCAAGAUCUGUGAGCAGGAAAAGUGAACACAACUAGUUUGGUGUUCCUUCAGUGCACUCCUGCCCUUUCUUUGUAAUUAUACUUUGUUGUAUAAAGUUGUUAUCCAGUUCAUUUUUUUGUCAGCAGAUAUUCUGUCCAAUGACAAGUGCUUUAUAUGAUGCCAUUAUUUGCUCAUACCUUAAUCAAAUACAGACUCAGACACACAGAUGAAGUUGGUUUGCACCCAUGCACCACAACACCUGAAGGAUACAUGGACUGAUACUUUGUAAAGUAGGAAGAGGCUAUGCUAAAUGGAACAAGUUGUAUUUUGUAGUGGCGCUCCUCAGGCGAGGAGCUGUUAGAUAAAGUUGCUCGUCAGUUUGUGCUGCAUGUGUGUACGAGUGUGUCCUUUUUUUAUAACCUGACCUUUUGUGCUUCGAGUCUGCGAUGUUACAUUUUGACAGACAGACAUGCCGGUGAUCAUGCCAUUUUGACUGUAAAAAUAUUUGCCAUUACUUAAUAUUAUUAAUACUUAUUAUUCCACAGUCCUCUUUUUUGGACUAAUGUUUUCUAUCUGUUGUGAUGUGUAACAUUAAUAACCUCAUUGAAUAAAAAA